GUUCUUUUAUCUGUGGCCUCGUGACAGAUAGAGCACAGUAACCUAGACUCAUCUGAUAACUCAAUCCAAUUGGAUCAAUCAUCAUCAUACGGUUCGAGUUUGAUUCAAGGAGAAGAGGAAGGAGAAGAAAUGGAGUCCCCGUAUCGGGUGCCGCGAAAGCUGGUGCAAGCAGAGAUCCCCUUGAGCGCCGGUAGGCUUCUCAGUGGUGGUCAUGCGAGGCAGGCUUCUCUUACUGAAGAAAUCACGGUGGCGCAGGCCACCGAGAGUUCAUCACAAGUUUCAGUCAACAACCGGGAUGUUCAGGGAACGUCUGCCGGCACCGAAGAGGUCGAGACCCUGAAGCGCUUGGUGUCGGCUCUCGAAGAGCGGGCCGCCGGCAUCGAGUCGCGGUUCAACGAGUACCGUGACAUGCAGGAGCAGGAGUCGAUGUACCAGAAGAUGCAGAUCAUGUGCCUGGGGAUGAAGCUGGAGCUGCUUGAGUCCCGAAACCAGCGGCUUGAGGCAUGCGCCACGGAGAUCCGGGCAGCCGCUGAAGAGUUCGCCGUGAUGCGGGCGAAUCUCGACGCGCUGCAGAGCAAAUUCAGGAAAGUUAGGAAGCAGAGCAAGCAAGAAUUCGGCGCCAUUGAUGGAAGGAUCCUGGCUCUGGAUGCACGGGAAGCAGACAUGGCGAUGAGGUGCCAAGGCUUUGAGCAACUCAUGGAGGAGAUGAAGCAGCUGGUUUUGCAGACACAGAAGGAGAAAGGAACAAACAGUGAGAACGUGGAGGUCGUCGUGGAGAGCAGCAUGUGGAAGCUGUCGAGCAGCAAGGACGUGCUGGAGGUGCUCCGGGACCGGUGGGCGGCGGACAUGGAGGAGCUGAUCUACCUCGGCUGGAUCACGGCGUGGCUGCAGCACGACCUCCUGGCCAGCGAUGGCGAGGGCGGGACCGCCAAGGGUACGGCGGUGACAGGAGACGACGACGGUGAAACUAUCCCGACGGCGGAGGGGCAGCGCGAGAAGGGGAUGAAGAUGGUGGCAGCCGCCGCGCCGAGCAACGAGGUGAAGCUCUGCAAGACGUCGUCGUGCGGCGCGGCUUAGGAGUCGUGCAUGGGGUUGACUGGCUGCAGGAUAGGGAUCGGACGGCCGAGAUUGCUCCGCAAGCUCAGAGGGUGGGCCAGGGGAAAGAGCCCAAGCAAGAGCAGGAGGCCGUGCGCCAUCGAAGGGCCCAGCAGUGAGUCCUAAAUAUAGUUCAUUGAUGCUGAUGAUACUCAAAAAAAAAGUUCAUUGAUGCUGAUUAAUUAGCUUGUGAAGUUGUGAUCACGUGAGAAUAAUGUAUGU